UGAUUUUCGAUACACCCAUAUUCCUAAAAUCAAAAUUUUAAUUCAACGUCACUAAUUCAGUCUACUAAAACGUUAGUUCGUUACACGCCAGCUCGUUGGCCAUCGCACUUUGCAUAUUCACGAUUUCAAGCUGAUGUUUUUCAUCUCUGCUGGGUACACCAUUAGACUCGUAACCUUCCGCAGUUACAGUUCCGCGACUCUCUUCAAUUCUUUUCAACUCGCACUCGAUCGAUGUUCUUUGACCCUAACCCAACAAUCACAUGCUCGACUUCUCUCCCUUGGGUUGGCUCAAAAUCCGUUUCUGUGCACAAAACUCAUCUCCGCGUAUGCUGUAUACGGUACGCCUAACGAGUCCCAACUCGUAUUUAACGCAAUUCAGAACAAAAAUGUGUAUUUGUGGAAUUCGCUGAUUAAUGGGUAUGUUAAAAAUAAUGCAUAUGUUGAAGCUUUUGAUUUGUUUGCCAAAAUGGGGAAGGAUAAUAUACUGCCUGAUGAUUACACGCUGGCAACACUAUCCAAAGUGGCUGGUGAGCUAAGAAAUGCAAGUGCUGGAAAAAUUAUUCAUGGGAAAAGCAUAAGAAUUGGUUUCGUUUUGGAUUGUGUCCUGGCUAAUUCUAUUAUGUCAAUGUAUGGCAAAUGUGAGGAAUUUGGGGACGUUAGAAAACUGUUUGAUGAAAUGUCGCAGAGAAAUGUUGGUUCUUGGAAUGUGUUGAUAUCCGAAUGGGCGAAGUCAGGAAAUCAUAAUUUUGGUGAGGAACUUCGGGGACUCGUCAAGUAUAUGCAAAUUGAAGGUUUAAAACCUGAUGCAUUUACAGUAUCUAGUCUCUUACCUCUGUGUAUAGAGAAUUUUGGGAAACGGAAUCAUGGAAAGGAGCUUCAUGGUUUUGUUGUGAGGAAUGGACUGGAUAUGGGCUCGGGUUCGGAUGUUCAUCUGUGUUGUUCUCUGAUCGACAUGUACUCGAGGAGUGGUAAGGUGCAUGUAGCUAUGAGGGUUUUCGAGCGAAUGAAGUGCAUAAAUGUUCAUGCUUGGACGGCAAUGGUUAAUGGGCAUGUUUUGAGCGGAGAUUUUGAUAAAGCAUUGGAUCUGUUUCGGGAAAUGCUAGUGAAAGGUGGAGUAGAACCAAAUAAAGUUUCACUUGUGAGUAUUCUGCCAGCUUGUAGCACGCUCGCUGGUUUAAUGACUGGUAAGCAAAUACAUGGAUUUGCUAUCAGAAAGCAAUUAAAUCAUGACACGGCCUUUUUUAACGCUUUGAUUGAUAUGUAUGCAAAGUGUGGGGGCUUGAAAUGUGCAACACAAGUUUUUGAGGAUGGGUCUUUUCUUAGAGAUGCGAUUUCAUGGAGUUCAAUGAUAUGUGGGUAUGGAUUUCAUGGCAAAGGUGAGGAAGCUGUCUUUUUGUAUGAUCAGAUGCUUCAUCUUGGGAAUCAACCAGACAUGAUCACAGUGGUAGGCGUUCUAUCUGCUUGUGUUCGUUCAGGAUUGAUAGAUGAAGGCCUUCGGAUCUAUCACGCUGCUAUAAAUGAGCAUGGAAUCAACCCCACAUUAGAGAUUUGUUCAUGUGUAGUUGAUAUGUUAGGUCGAUCGGGAAAGCUUGAUCAAGCAUUAAACUUUAUCAAAACAAUGCCCAUCCAACAUGGUCCAAGUGUGUGGGGUGCUCUCGUCUGUGCUGCUGCAAUGCAUGGAAAUUUGGAGAUGCAAGAUCUGGCUUACAGAUUCCUUAUUCAGUUAGAACCCGAAAACCCCUCAAAUUAUGUCUCGCUUUCAAAUUUACAUGCUUUGUCAAGGAAAUGGGAUGGUGUGGCUCAAGUGAGAACAAUGAUGAAAGAAAAGGGCUUAAGAAAGGCACCAGGUUGUAGUUGGAUAACUAUUCAGAGCAAGACUCAUUCUUUCUAUGCUGCUGAUAAAACGCAUCUCUGUUCCAGCUCCAUUUACGAGAUGUUGGAUGGCCUCAAAUUGUUGAUGAAGGGAACUUCUCUUUCCCUUUAUUUUGAAAUUUUCGCAUAGAACACACAGCUUCUUUCUGUUCAAUUCCUGUUACAUCAAUUCUCUGUCAUACUAAAAGGAAGAUAUCAGUUCAAAGAACUUCCCCACAGAAGAACGGGAUUGGUCAGGGCUCAGGGCUUCACCCAGAAGGCCAAAACUGUUAAAGAGUUGAUCGUGUCAAAGCUCUUCUUCAUCAACAUUUUACGGUUUGAAGCUUUUUGUUCAGAUUGGCACUCUAAUGUACAAUCCUACGUCUCUUCCUUGUAGUACGACCCAUGGUGUCAAUGUCUAUGGCUAGGUGUUCAGGCUCUUUCAGCUUCAACUAUGGUGACGAGGAUAAAACUUUCAAGAUCAGGAGAGAUGAAUUAGUAGGAGACUAUUGGUGCAUCAGACCACCUAACGGCUGGCCUGUUCUUUGUGACAGGAAUGGAAUUGAUGUGGGCUUGGGUUCAGAUGUUCAUAAGGGUGGUUGUGUGUGACAUGUACUCGAGAAGUGGUUGCAAUAAGAACAUUCAUAAGUUAUGAUGGUGAUGCAAGUGGCAUACACUAUUCUACAUUAUGUAUACAAUUCAAGCUGCUUUUCUUGUGUAUUCUUUAUAAACCAGUGUUCAUAUUCAUAUAUAGAUACGGGGAUACCCCUGAUAUCAUUAAUUUAUGACCUGCCUUUCAUUUGACA